CCAAAGUUUAGGGUGCUCGGGGGAUCGGAACGGGGAAGGAGGGGUGAGCGAGAAACGAAGGGAAGGGGAAAGGGUCUGAAGAGACCUGAAGGGAGAAGGGCAGGCCGAGGACCCCGGAAGAGGGCUAAGAGGAGAAGGGACCAGGGGGACCACUGGGGACAAGGAAGAGAGAAGUGAAGGGAAACACGCGGAAGGGCGGGGCUGGGAGACCUGAAGGAGAGUUCGGGGGGACCUGGGAACUGCGGAGAGACAGAGCUGCGGGCCCGGUGAGGCGUUUCCAUUCAGCGAGUGGUUGAGAACCCAAUGUAAACGCGGCUCCCGCCGUCUGCUGGAUACCCACCGGGCGCUGUCCGGGCCUGAUGGCCCUGCACCUGCAUGGCGGAGGUCGUGGAGCCCGCACAUUUCCACUCUGAAAUCCCACAAAUGUGUGUGUGUGUGUGUGUUUUCCAAUCUGCAGCUCCAGGAGAUCCCACAAGUGUGUGUGUGUGUGUGUGUUUUCUCCAAUCUGCAGCUCCAGGCCCCUCACUGAGCCGCCCCUCUCCACCAGCCGGAUACGGGACGGGGGAGCGGCGGGGGCCACUGGGGCGUGGGAGAGGAAGGUCCGCACUAUUACGGCAGGCGGGGGCGGGCACUGAGGCCUUGGGGUGGGGACCGGGUAAGGGGCCCGAAAGCAGAGUCGGUCCAGAACUGCCCGGAACGCGGCGCACAGCGAGGGUGAGACCCCAGCGGAGUCCUCGUCCCCUCCCCUAAAAUCCCAGCAGCCAGGCUGCGAAUACCAGCGGACUCGGGAAACACACCGCGUCCCAGCCCCGGAGGUGGGACCGCCAAGUUCUAGAAAAACUUUGGGCAUCUAUCGAGAGGGCACUUGGCAGGACUGGGCACUUCCCUUCCUUCUCCCUCCCAUUGUCCCCAGAAAUCUUCCCAUCCCACCACCUUCCCAUGCCCUAAGGCCUCUCAGGCUCUCCCUUCAGGGCAGUGGGGGUUGGGGAGCCCCUGAGCCCUCUUGCACCUGCGCGGAGGCAAGACAAGGGGUUCAGUUCUGUCCCUUAUCUGAAAUGGGAGGGGGAAGGGAAUUAGGGAAAGAAUCCAGCCGGCCUGUUAGUAAGGGUGUUCCAGUGCUAGGUGGAAGUGGAGUUUGGCGGCCUUUUGGGGAAAUGGAAAGGUGAGGAGUAGAGGCCUGAUUUCUGAGUGUUGUUUCAGUGUUGGACAAUUCCAUUCAAACUAGAGCUAAAAUUAAAGAGGCUGCAAGUCCCCUUCAGGGGCCCCAGAUACCCCCUCCUUUCUUGCUGCCUGAAACAGGGGCAGUGCUGUCAGGCGAAGUGGCUACUCCUGGUGUGAACAGCCCAAUCCUGGCCGCCUUCCACAGGAAACCUGACCUGAGGGACAGAAGAGGAAGGAAGCAGCCUUUGCCACCAAUGUCAGUGCAGAACUCUGGAUGGCCCCGCCAAGAGGACAGCCCCAACCCCCAGGAGCCAGGUCCACCAGCCAACUCAAACAGCGACUCAGGCUACCUGCCGGGCAGGGACCCUGAGGAUACCUCUGCUCAGGGUCCUGCGGUUCUGAGCCUGGGUCCCCUUUGCCUGGAUACCAACCAAGCCCCCAACUGGACUGGGCUUCAGACCCUCCUGCAGCAACUCCCUCCACAGGACAUUGAUGAGCGCUACUGCCUGGCCCUUGGGGAGGAGGAGCUGGCUGAGCUGCGGCUCUUCUGUGCCAGGCGGAAGCAGGAGGCCCUGGGACAGGGGGUGGCCCGCCUGCUACUUCCCAAGCUUAAAGGACACACCUGUGAGAAGUGCAGGGAGCUGCUGAAGCCAGGGGAGUACGGAGUGUUUGCAGCCCGGGCAGGUGAACAGCGCUGCUGGCACCAGCCCUGCUUUGCCUGCCAGGCCUGUGGCCAGGCCCUGAUAAACCUCAUCUACUUCUACCAUGAUGGACAACUCUACUGCGGCCGUCAUCACGCAGAGUUGCUGCGCCCGCGCUGCCCAGCUUGUGACCAGCUGAUCUUCUCUCGGCACUGCACCGAGGCAGAGGGACGACACUGGCAUGAGAACCACUUCUGUUGCCAGGACUGCGCCGGGCCCCUGGGCGGGGGACGUUAUGCACUGCCUGGGGGAAGCCCCUGCUGCCCCAGCUGCUUCAAGAACCGCUACUCGGAUGCAGGCUGGAGCUCGGCCGGGGCACUGGAAGGGCAGGCGUUCCUUGGAACAGGGGAGGCUGGACCCGACCGAACUGAAGGAAGGGACCAAACCUCGCUGACCUCUGUGACCCUCUCCCGAACACUCCUCGCUGCUGCCGGCUGUUCCAGCCUGCAAACUCGGACCGGGCUGCCUGGAUCCAGUCCCCAGCAGAAAAGCCGACCUGGGGACAAAGCGGAGGCACCCAAAGGGCAGGAGCAAUGCCUCCUGAAGACUCCUCGUCAUCCCAAGGACACUCCUUUCCCCACCUACUCCUCUUCUUCUGACUCGGAACCUGAAGGCUUUUUCUUAGGCGAGCGCCUUCCCCUGUCCUGGAAGACCCCCGGAAACCUCCAAGCAGAGGACAGCAACGCCUCUAAGAAGCACUGCACCGUGUGCUAG